AUGAGCCAAUUAUGCCAAUUAGUCAAUCAUAACGUUAGAGAAAAAAUUCAGCACGGGACAAAUGGUGGAAAGUGCGGAGAAUGCGGUGACAAUUAUUCCUUAUCUCGACCGCGGCCAAAUGAAAAUGGCGGCAUCUAUGGAUCAGGCAUCAUUGUUCAAAAAUAUAAGACAGGAUCUGUCAUCGAUGUGACCGUUAAGCUCACUGCCGCUCACUUAGGUUGGUUUGAAUUCAACCUUUGUCCAUUGGAGACGAAUAAAGAAUUAGAAACCGAUAAAUGCUUCGAUAUGUAUCCCUUACCAAGAGCUGACGGUAAAGGCUAUAAAUAUUCCAUUGCCAUCAAUGUCGCAAAGGAUUACACUAUCAGCUUGGUUCUACCAAAGAACGUUACAUGUAAACAAUGUGUACUUAGGUGGCAUUAUCAUACUGGCAAUACCUGGGGAACUUGUGAAGAUGGGACACAACGCGUAGGUUGUGGCCCCCAAGAAACGUUUAGAAGCUGUGCUGAUAUCACCAUCACGAAUUAAUUUAUCACGUACUUCGGA